UGAUCAGAGCGCGUUCACGUUGAUCAGAGCGCGUCCCCGGUAAUCAGAGCGCGUUCACGUUGAUCAGAGCGCGUCCCCGGUGAUCAGAGCGCGUGUGGAUUUGCGAUGAGAAGCUGAGCAGACGCGUGUGUGGGAUUUACAGCCGUGUUUACAGCAAACACACGGAGAAAGCAGCUCAUGUCUGUCACGGAUGUUUACUCUGAGCAGGAUUCACCGGACGCGCGAGGAAUGAAGGAAUAACGGACUUGUGCACGGAUUUAAUCCACUGAGCUGCUCGAUGGAUUCUUAUUUUGUUUAUUAUUUCUAACUUUCUUCCUGUAUGAUGAUCCAGUGCUGAAAUCCACACACCCGACAAUUAAGUAUAAUUAUAUAUUUAAUUUAUAAUGAAAUCCACACACCCGACAAUUAUAUCUUUACUCUUGGAGUCGCUAAUUUAUUAAUUUUUUAAAAUUAUUAUUAUUAUUAUUUAUAAAUUCAACUCUUAUCAUUCUGUCUUUUGUCCUUUACGCUCGCGCCUUUACAAUGAUUAAAGUUUGUUAUUCAGAUAUUCAAGCAAACAAAACAAAACACACAUUUAUCUUUAGAUAGAUUAUAUCUAUAGAUAUAAUAUAAACAAUAUUAUAGAGGAGUGAUUUCUGGAAUGUGACGUGAUCUAUGCGCGUGCCUUGUGGAAACCGCUCGAGACUUUCUAUUUUUACAGAAUAUUACACAACACCUGCUAGAAAGGUUUUCUUCAUCUGAUGACACUUCAAAAAAAAGUGUUUUAAUUUGUUUUAGUGAGUCAUUCAUACUGUAAGGUAAUAAUAAUAAUAAUAAUAAUAAUAAUAAUAAUAAUAAUAAUAAUAAUAAUAAAGCUCGUCUUGUGGACCGAAGUUAAAUUUGGUGUCGUGGUUGUUGAACUUCUCAGGACCUUGCAGAUAUAAAAAUAAAUAAAUAAUUAAAUCUCUGGAGGCUGUGUGUUGGACUGAGAGCUGAUCUGCUGAUUCGGGCUUGAAGAUCUGAUCAUGAUGCUCGGACUCCCUGUCACAGUGCUGCUGAUCAGCUUUAGCUUUAGCUUUAGCACUCAGGAACCUGCACAGAAGGAGACUCAAACCAUAACAGAUGUGUGUCAGCAGGUGAGUCCUCCGUGUGUGACGGAGGAGGAUCGUUACAGCCUUGAGGCGCUGCGUCACAUCCACCAGGAGAUGGACGACGAUCAGGACGGAGGGAUCGAGGUGGAGGAGAGUGUGGAGUUCAUUAUUGAGGACAUGCAGCAGCAGCAGCAGACGAAUAAACACAGUAAACUGCACAGAGAGGACCAGCAUAUUACCGUAGAGGAGCUCUGGAGAGGCUGGAAGUCCUCAGAAGUUCAUAACUGGACACAGAAGGAUGUGCUGUGCUGGCUGCAAGAGUUUGUGGAGUUGCCGCAAUACGAGAAGAGCUUUAAAGAGUUAGGCGUCAAUGGGAACACACUGCCUAGGAUUGCGUCCAAUGAGCCAUCGUUCAUGAGCACCUACCUGAAGAUCCAGGACCAGCAGCACAAACACAAGCUGAAGCUCAAGGCACUCGAUGUUGUGCUGUUUGGACCACCUACACGACCACCACACAACUGGCUGAAGGACCUGCUGCUCUUCGUGUCAGUAGUGAUGGGUUUGGGUGGCUGCUGGUUCGCUCAGGUGCAGAACAAAGCAUCGAAGGAGCACAUUUCCAAAAUGAUGAAGGAUCUGGAGAGCCUACAGAGAGCUGAGAAGAGUCUCCGAGACCUGCAGGAGCAGCUGGAGAGGGCCCAGGAGGAGAAGCGUACGGUAGCAGUGGAGAAGCAGUUUUUAGAAGAAAAGAUGAGGGAUGAGAUCCAGGGAGCUCAAGAGGAAGCCAACCGGCUCCAUGUGCUUCGCAAGGGUGCCGUCAGUGAACUAAGCCGACUGAGAUAUGCUGAGGAAGAACUUGAACAGAUUCGAGCGGCGCUGAAGAAAGCGGAGCAGGACAUGCAGGCUAGCUGGUCAGUGCCGGAGUCUCUGCAGCUGUGGCUGCAACUCACACAUGAGGUGGAGAUGCAGUACUACAACGUCAAAAAGCAGAGUGCCGAACAGCAGCUGGCCACUGCCAAGGAUGAGGCAGAGAGAAUUAAGAAGAAGAGAAGUUCUGUUCUUGGUACCCUCCAAGUGGCACACAGUUCCUCUUUAGAUCAAGUGGACCACAAGAUCUUACAGGCCAAAAAUGCCCUAGCAGAGGUGACCGCAUGUUUGCAAGAACGCCUGCACAGGUGGCAGCAGAUCGAGUUGUUGUGUGGAUUUUCCAUAAUGUACAACACUGGACUACACAGCCUCACGACCACUUUGUACCCCGACCCCAACUGGAUGGUCUUGUCAAGAGCCACCAUGUCCUCCUACCAAAUGCCUGUAGGCAUAGAUGACAUGCAGGAUGGAAUGCCUUCCAUGAUGCCACAGAAAAUUCCUGUUUCUCCGCUCAAGCUUUCUCCUCGACCGCUGGUCCGUUCUCGUCGAACCGGUCAUAUCGUCCAGCCACCUGUGAUUCUGUCACCUGAUCCUGAUCUUCUAAUCCCGAUACGGCCUCCGCUCCAUCGGUAUGGUGAGGAAGAAGGGGAAGAAAUCAUUCUCCCUGCUACUGUGAAACAAGAGUGUCAAGAGGCAGUCUCCGAUCCUGAUCCCGUUGGACCGCCUGUUGGAAUAAAGUACACCAGCCCUGGAUUGGAUACUUCACCUCGAAGACUAUACCGAGACAACUUGGACCUUUUCUCUGAUAGUGUCACAAGUAAGGUUCCACAUGAUGGACAAGAGAACAGUCCCUUGCAGAAGAUAUCACGAGAGGAACUUGGGUAUUCUCUAUGGGGUGAUACUAGAAAGGUGUCACAUGAAGAACUCGAAACCCAAGUCAGAAAGAUAUCCAGAGAGGAACCUGAGGUGUCUGCAGAAGCUUUGGGGAGUCCAAUGUGUACAAAGGAACCUGAGGUUCCUGUUGAUUUCAAGAAGAUUCCAAGGAGUUUACCAGUAGAUGCUAGUUAUUCUUCUAUUAGACUGUCCACCUGGGAGAAAUUGGAUUCUCCCAUGGAUCCUUACUUUGGAAUAACAUACAUGGAUGAUGCUGAGGUAAAUGUGGGCAGUCUGCGACGAAAGAUGUUUAAGGAAAGGAAGGAUCCCUCAGGAGAAAGCCUGUCAAAGAUUAUACCAAAAGAUGAAUAUGUGACUGAUAUCCAAAGUGGAGAUCAAGAUUUUUAUGUCGAGAUGGACAUUGCUCAAAGAUUAAUGCAUAGAAAGGAAACUCAAAAGGAACAUACCCUGUUAAAGGACAAACCCUUAGACUCGGCUUCCACAAGUCCUUUCAGAGAUGAGCAUGAUGACUCCUUCUCAGUGGAUGGACAAAGAGUGAAGAAGGUAAGAGAUCCUAAAGAGUUGCCCAAAGAACGAUUUUACAGAAAGGUGCUCAGAGAUGAACUAGUUCUGUCCAUGGACAAGGGAAAGCUGUUUGCAGGUGGUUCCAUAGAUAGCACUUUUAGGAAAAAGGCACAUGAUGAAUUGGAUGUUUCAACAGGAAACCAACGAGGAAUGUCUUUAAGAGAGAGAAGGGACAAUGCUGUUUCCAGGAAGCUCUCUAGAGAUGAGCAUGAUGUUGUCACAGAGCGACAAAAACUGUCUGUCCAGAAAGAUGUGUUGGACAUGCCUGUGGAGACUGUCAGGCCAAAGAUCUCCAGAGAUGAGUUUGUUGUUCCAGACCCAGGUCCCUUCAGCCAACCUGACCUUACAAUCGAUUCCCUAAUGCUCUGGGCUCCCCCAUCAGACCCCCUUAGCCACCUAGUGUAUGAUGGUAUUUUAGAGAAGUCUUAUCAGAACCCUCUAAAUGUGGCCAGUACUGGAGAUCUCAACCAUCCUGCCUCACUGCCCUCAGUGUCCACCUCCUCCCAAAGCCUUGUGAGCAGUGAUGGUGCUAGUAGCAGUUCUACUCAAUCUGGAACUCUCUCACAGGCAGAAUCCCAUAGUGGAGGCAAAGGCAAGAAAUCCUUAAGGCUCAAGAAUCUGUUCAAGAAAAAGAAAGAUAAGGAGAAAGAUAAAGACUCAAAACGAGAACAUCCACAAGGGGGUUUGCAGAAGCUGUGAGUUUGAGUCAUUACAACAACUUUUUGUGUCACAUGCCCCACCCACUUUGUGGUUCCAAAGUCUUCAUAUUUACAAGCAGUGGCAUAACAAUUAGGGUUUUUGUUUUAUAUUCAUAGACUGAUAGUUAAAAUGACUAAAAUGGCGGAGUUUCGUCAUCCUGUUGAUCUACGUACAGUGGCGUAUAGAUGAUUUAAUAAGUAAUGGCUGUAAGAAGAAGUCUGUUUGUUUUAGUGACUACUUUAUUGCACUAUUUUAGUUGAGUUCCACCAUCAAAGAUGUGAUUAUUGUUAUAAGACAGGAAGUGUGUGAAGUUGUUUACUUAAAUACAGUAUGACUUAUGAAACGUAAUAAAGUCUUAAACGUUGCAAAAGUAUUGGUACGUAAAAAUCCACUUUAGGGAUACGAACAGGACUAUUAAAGGACCUUGUUUAGAACCCGUAAUGGCGCUUUGUGUGUUUCUCUGGUGGAAACCUUAAUGGUUCUAUGUAGAACCCUACUACAAAAUUGACUCCAUGAAGAACUACCAAGAAGCUAAAUGCUAAACUCCUGGCAGGUUCUGGCUAUUAAGAAGAAAAUAACCGGCAAUACAUUGGAGUUUGUACCACUGGAGUUUGUACCAGGUGAUACACACACAAAGGUUCUUCAAAGGUUCUUUAAUGGUUCAAUGGAAGAUGAAUGGUUAUUAGCCUUUGGAAAGGACUCUGUUUUAGGGUUCUACGUAGAACUUCUAAGGAUUCCUACAGAGCAACAACCCUUAAGUGUUCAAAUUGUUUUCUAAAGAGUGUACCAUCUAAGUGUUUAUUUCUAUUUCAACAGUUUAUUAAAUUAAAAUGUCAGGUGACUAAUGGAUCUGCACUGUGCAGUGUGUUUACAACGGGACAAAAGUUCAUUUGUGUGGUGUUUAACGGUUUAUUUAUUGAUUUAUUUGUGCUUUCUGUUGGUCUCUUUCACAAGUAGAACUAGAAGGAAGUUUGUUGGGUUUCUCUACAACAAUGCGCAACGCCAUUUUAACUGUCUGAGACUUGCUGAACGAGUCGUACAAAUUCAACCAAAUGUGAUUUUAUUCAUUUCAUUUUCUUUUUGAUUGUUAUAAGUGUACUUUUGAAUAUUUAAUUAUAAUUUUUUUAAAAAAAGUAAAA